AUGGCCAGUUCACCAAAGAGGAAACAGGAGAAUGACCAAUCAGAAACUAAUUCCAAGAAGGUAAAAACUUCGAACGAAGGAACAAACAGCAAUGUACCAGGUGGAUUCUCUGAUUUAGCUCUUCCUCGUUCAUCCACAGAUCUAUCAUCCAAAUCCACUGUACCCUUGGCACUUCCCAUUAGCAAGAUGUCUAAACAAUCCAAAACAGCAGGUAAUGCGUCAACGACCAACGUAUCGCAGCAACAGAAACAAUCUGACCCAAACAAGAUGCAAGACGUUUUAUUCUCAGCGGGUGUAGAUAUCAGAGAGGAGGAAGCUCUGCUCAAUUCAUCUAUUAUUGCAUCCAAGAACAAAAUUAACACCAUGGAUGUGAGAAUUCCAUCACAUCCUCCCUUCUUACAUCCCGAUCAAGUUGCACGAUUUAUGCAACGUGUAGCCAAGGAGCAGCAAAGGAGAACCAGACAGGAUUUUAGCAAGUAUCCGGAAUUGCUAAGUAUGAUGUCAACAGCGUGUGAGACUUAUAUGAGGGACAUUCUUACUAAUGCUCUUGUCAUAUCGAGACAUAGGAGGCGUGCCAUAAAACUGAAUGCAGGGAGAAGAAGUGAAAUAUCAAUGAUACUGAGAAAUAUUGCCCUAAAGGAAAAGAAGGAUGAGGAAAAGCGUGUUAAGAAGAGGAUUGCAUUAGGGUUAGAGAAGGAAGAUUUGGAAAAUAAAAUCGAUUCUGAAGAGACUUUACAUAGAGCAUCAAAUGUUACUGCUGGGCUUAGAGCUGGUAGUAAGAAGCAAUACGGUUGGUUAACGUCUUCCGUAAGCAAACCCACAAAUACUAGUGUGAAAUCUGCAGGGAAAGUAGCAUCUGAUAUUGCAGCUAGAGGAGAAACAGGGUUGAAAUUUAGGGAAGCAAGAGAAGAACCAGGAAUUGUCAUGAGAGAUUUAUUAUAUGCUCUAGAAAAUAGAAGAAAUGGUGUCCACAAUGUUAUAUCAAAGGGCUAUGCAAGAAUUAGAGAUUAA